AUGAAUGCUCGUCGAGAGGGGAUUGAUUUCCUCACUCAGAGUUACUACUCAGAUAGAAACAGCCAUAAUGACAGCUUCUGGCACCACUUGCAAGAUAACGCCUCCUUGACAUACGUCCUUGUCACAACAGUAUCUGUGCUUUUUUUCUUGAACCACUUCAGAUCAAUUCCUGCUUCAUUUGCCAGAGCCUCGUGGGACAUUGCCGUCUACUUAACUCCCUCCCGCAUCAUCGCCAUUCUCGAUUCGAAGUCGACGAAUAGUUCGGACGAACCUUCGGCGGAGAUGACACUCCAAGCUAAAAGUGAGGCGAUGCAGCGCAUCCUCGGACUCAACCAUGCUACGUUUCCGUCGUUUUUCCCUCGAGCUAGGGCUCUCUCUGGGCUCAGCAACGCCCUGUUGGGAAGCAAAGACACUAUCCCUCCAGGUCUAGGAAACUGGGAUAAUUCGUGCUACCAGAACAGUAUAAUUCAGGGUUUAGCAUCGCUGCCCUCGCUUGCGGAGUUCUUGGAGCGGAAUAUUAGUUCACUCGGUGGAAAAAUCUCUUUAUCGACCCAUGAAGCUCUCAAAGAAAUCAUUGAUCGGUUGAAUAGUGCAGAUAAUCAUGGACAAAGGCUUUGGGCACCACCCGACUUGAAGUCAAUGAGCAGUUGGCAGCAGCAGGAUGCGCAGGAAUAUUUCUCGAAAGUUGUCGAUCAGUUGGAUCAUGAAGUACAGCAAGCUACACGACGACGGACUCGAAACUUGGGGUUGAAGAUGGCAGGACCGCAGGAACAUGUUAUUGGAACAACAGCAGCACAAUCUGAUGGUCCGAUGCACCCUGGACGUCUAGAAAACCAAUCUUUCCGCAAUCCUCUAGAAGGUCUUCUUGCGCAAAGGGUAGGAUGCGCUGGCUAUGAAUAUGAUGUUCGUGAUUGUUUGGACCAUUAUAUGAAUCUUGAGCAGAUUGAAGGUGUGGAAUGCGCCAAGUGCACACUGCUCCGCGCCCGAGACCAACUUCGCAACUUGAUGCAGCAAAUCGAAGACGAUGAAAAGCUAGUAGAGGCUAAGGAGCGGACAAAAGUCUCAGACGCACUCAAAUCAUCGGCUGAGCAGAGGCUACAGGCUGUUGAAGAAGCUUUAGAGGAAGCUGACUUUACAGAGAAAACUCUGUCGAAAAAAUGCCACAUUCCAUCUAAAAAUAGGGUUACGACGACGAAGUCAAGGCAAGCCGUCAUCGCCAGGCCACCAGGCUGCCUGGCAAUCCACAUCAAUCGAAGCGUGUUCGAUGAGCACACCGGCCUGUUACGAAAGAACUACGCAGCAGUCAAAUUUCCUAGGGUCCUUGACUUGGGCGAAUGGUGCUUGGGAGGGAGCUAUGACGAAGCGAUCAAGCAGAAGGUUGAAAAUUGGGGCACUGAUCCUCGGGUUUCGAUGCUACACCCGCCAGGCGCGGCGAGGGAUGGCGAUCGCCGUUAUGAAUUGCGCGCGGUAGUCACUCACUAUGGUCGUCACGAGAACGGCCACUAUAUAUGCUAUAGAAAGCACCCAGUUGAAGUAUUCCCAGCUCAAGUACCGGAAGCAGUUCUAGAAGCGGAUGGUGAGAAAGAAAGGUCUGAGCGUUGGUACAGACUGAGCGACGAAGACGUCCAGAUGGUCAGCGAGGAGAACGUGAUGACCCAGGGAGGGGCAUUUAUGCUAUUCUACGAGGCCACCGAGACACCAGCUCCCGGAGCCAGAUUAGAUACCAAUGGCCGAAAUCCGAUAUCGAGCUUCUCCCCCUCCCAAGAAGAUAUGUCCUCUAAUAUGUCCACGACUACGGAUCGUUCAACAAUGUACGACACAUCCCGCGCUACUAGCGUAUCGGCCGAGGGGGAGCAAGCCAGCGAGAAGGGUCAGAUGUUAGAAGUCGAUUGA